GUAAAUAAAUGUUUAAAAAAAAUUUUUUUAAAGAAAAAAAUAGUAAGUAUGUUUUGGCAGUUGGAUUGUUUAUUCUUCAGUCCUUCUUCACUUUCCCCCAGUUUCAGGGAAUAAGGUUAAACAAAUUGCGUAUUCCAGAAAAACUGGAUUUCCUGGGAGGAUUUAGAAGGAAAAAUGGCAGUUGUCAGUGGAAGAAUAGAAAACUGUUUUCCUGAAACAUGUAUCACUUACAAAAUGGAUUGUAUAUGAUCAGCAUUGUUGAACAUAACCUUUUUAAAAAGUCAUCCCCUUAAUCGUUCCCAUAGAUUUUUUAGCUUGAUAUCGAGUGAGGACUUAAUUCUGAAUCUGAAAAUGAAUGUAUCUCAGGAAAUCCAGGUAUUUGGGACUAAAACCAUUUGUAUAGCUGCGCAUUACUUCCUGUGAAAGGAAGAAUGGGACUCUUCCACGCUCUUCUUUCUUUCUGGAUUUUGUAUUUCAGUCUCCUCUCAUUCAAACAUAAACCCUUCCCCCCUCUCUGGGCCAGCGUAGGGUCCUAGGCUUUCUGGGAAGACUCAUUUUGCAUAAGGAUCCAUGGUUUGGGUUUCAUUCUUUUUCCACUAGAGGAAGCUGCUGAGGUCGCUAGGUGGGUGUGUGGGGAGGGAGGCCACAUUCACUGCUUGCCUUCGCUUCUCUGCCUAGAUAAGUCUACUAAAGUCAACACAAUAAUUAUGUUCAGCAUCGCUGGCGGUAUCCUCGUGGCCAUGCUUGUGCUGAUGGCUGUUGUCAUCUGUCUUUACUACAAAGUAGCCAACGCAUUGAAAUUGGCUCCAGCCCUAAACUUCCCAGGUACCCCCGAUAAUUGUGACAAAUGGAUGGAGAAGAAAAAUUCUAAUCCUACACUUUACGUAUGUCUUUUCUUAAGAUGUUCAAAGGCACCUCUUUGUUUGGCCUUAAAAAAUUCACCCCUGGACAAGGUCGCGGCCGCAGCCAUCACUGCUGGGUCUUAUCCCAACCUCCAAUGCUGUGACGAAUGUAGCUUGUAUGCCGACUUUGAUUCCCUGCCACCAUGCUUCUGUGACGUAAACGAGGGACUCUGACUUGGGUGGGCACAAAAAUCUUCAUGCGCAGUCUUUCUUUCUUAGUAGAAUGUUUUAUUAUUCAAGUCAAGUUUUAUAAUGUUUACAUUAUGUAUUAUGUAACAUAUUUAUGUAGUUUUGAAUAAAUGCAAUAUUGAAAAGAAUUCUUUGCCUCUGGUGUUUGUUGUUGUUUGUUAUAAAUGCACUUAGGGACC